CGCUUGUGUCUCCCUCUCGCGGGCAGCGGAAGAAGCCAGCCAUCGGCCUCGCUGCUGCGUCAGAACCACGAGGGACCCCCGGGAGAGAGGAAGGCGGCCGAGGCGGAGAGGAAGGCCACUUCACAAUGAUCAUCCCAGUUCGGUGCUUCACCUGCGGGAAAGUUGUGGGCAACAAGUGGGAAGCCUACCUGGGCCUCUUGCAGGCGGAAUACACAGAAGGGGAUGCAUUGGACGCCCUUGGCCUGAAGCGCUACUGCUGUCGGAGGAUGCUCCUGUCACACGUGGAUUUGAUUGAAAAGUUGCUGAACUAUGCGCCCCUGGAGAAGUAGGAGCGUUGGCACCCUGGAACAGAGCCACAAUGAGGCUGGAAGACACCCCCCCCCCCCCGCUCUGUGGCUAGAAAGAGAGAGAGGAGAGAAAGAUAAGUCUUCAGAUUGUAUCCAAACCAGGCACCUCCCACUGGAGGGUGCUGUUGUGCAAUGGAAGGAUUCUGUCUCAUUCAGUGAUGUGCAAUAAAGAGCAUGAUGCAUAGGAGCACACGCACUGUGCUCUCAAAAGAAUGAUACACACAAAUUUACUCUUGUUUUUUCCAUUGUUUUUUUUUUGUAUUUUGUGGCAUAUGUUUGUAGAGUAGAUUGUACUGUUGCUUUUGAUUUUGUCUUCAACACUGUCUUCCUCGGGAUUUUUAUUUUGAAUGACGGGAGAAACAUAAUUAAUUAUGCUUGGAGCGGUUUAUGCAGCCUUGUUUCCCUGCAUAUAGGCUUGCCCAGGUUUUUAGAACAAUCUUGUGAGAUUUGAUCAGAACUAGUGUUAAAUCAGAACAGACAAUACUCUGGACAGUGAAUUAUUGAAGCAGGCUUUCCAACAGAACAGAGAAUGAUUUCAGGAGACGUGCCCUUCCAACAACCACGGGUCCCAGAGUUCCUCAGUUCCUGCAAAAGCCAAUAGGGUAUGGCAGCGAGAGAGAGAGAGAAGCAUCAUUCUCCUUAAAAACAAGCCGGCCCCAGAGAUUGCAGGAGCCAAGAUUUACAGGCCCCAGGAACAUAUUACACACCACCCCAAUCUUCUUGUGUGGGUCUGUGUUCCUUUUUGGAGAGGGGCACAGCAGAGUCUGUGGUGUCUUUAGGAUAUAUAGUUUAUUUACACUUAUAUGCAAAUUGUGGCUACUGUGAACCUAUGUUGGAUUUCACAGAAUUAUGGAUGUGUGGCACACAACUGAUUUAAUUGGACUUCACACAUGCUAACUAAAGGAUUAGCAGGGACACAGCUACCAUCUCCAAGGAAAUUGGCUUUGACACCACCAAACCUGAAAUGGAAGUUUGGUCUCCUGAAUGUAUGGACUCCACUUUAGGGCAGGCAGUAGCUCAGAACUUGCUGGUGUGACAGCCAAGGCUGCCAGUGUGCCUGCGAGGAUACCUGCAAAAGGGAUCCGUGAAUAUCCCCUCAAAAACAGACAUGAGAGGCUAUUUGCUCUUCCUGCUCAGUUUGUGUUUGCACCGACAUGGCCUUUCCUCCGCCCAUGUUUCAUUGGCUGCAAGAACUGGGCCCCGGCCCUCGCCUCCAUUUUGUGUUCCUGUCUCUUAAAUGUGGCAGCCAUUUUGUGUUCUCCCCAUAACCAUUAUGUGACUGGUGCCCACUGGUCCACAAAGGUUGGCAACCACUACCAGACUAGCUGAAGUCCAGUUAGAGAAGUGAUGCCUGUUGAACAGAAACUAGUACUGGACGUAGGCACAGGUAAAACGUCCAUUUAUAUGAAUUAGCAUGCCCACACAUUCCAGAGCUUUCAGAACCAGCUUUUAGUGGUGCAGAAGUUAAGCUCAACCACCAAAGCCAAUUCAGUGUUUAGGUUACAAUCUCUAGGAGCAAGGGCUCCAUGUGUCAUUCAGGUUUCCAGAUUCAAUGAUGCACAACAGCAAUAUACCACUGAAAUGCUUAUUCUAGGCCUGGGAGAUAUAGAUCAUCCAGGACCUGUGUGAGGAGCAAACCGUGAUGUCUACUUCACCCAGCGAUAUAUAUCGCUGGUGAAACCACCGCUUCAGAGUCCCUCUACUGAAGACUUCCUCCAGCGAGUGUUUGUGAAACUACCAUCCCAUUCUGCCCUCAUACUGCACAGAGAAAUUUUUUUUUUGCGUCAGCGCAGAUGCAGCUUGUUCCUCCCUCUGCAUCUUUUAACUGCUCAGGUGAGGUGUGUGUACUAGACUCAAAAACAGGAAGCUAGAUUAGGCUAGACUUUGUUACAGGCAGAGGUCUUUCUCCAUUGCUUGCUUGAAUGUGGUACCUCCUGCAUGCAAAUUAGGAGUGCAAGAAGUUCCCUUAUACAAAGUCAAACCAUUGGUAAUGUAUCUAGUGCUAUACUGUCCGCACGGACUGGCUGUGGUUCUCAGGGUCCUUUCAGCCCUGUACUUGGGGAUGCAAGGUACCCCCUGGAAACAGCACUCUAGCACAGUUCACAAUUCCCUCCAGGUCCAAAUUACAGCUGCCUUUGCAGCUGGAACUGCCUUCUUCAAAGAGGGGAACACAGCAUGGUUCAGUAUCACCUCAGCUUCAUAAACCUCUGUUCUCAGUGAUGUUUCAUGUAGAGAAGAAAGCAGAUCUGUUAAGCACUCCUUAACAGAGCUUUGAUCAAAAUUAAUACCCUAGGGAAGUCUCCACGACCCCUUAUGUUCAGCCCCCUUCACACCCCUGCCAAAGGAGUGAGACCCAUAGAACAAAAAACCAUGUGUCUACAUUGGUCAUAAGAAAAUCUGGUAUUGUCAAUACCUUCAUUACACCCACCAUUCCCACCAGUGUGCACACUAUUUUGUAAUCUUUUGAUGGGCCUAAUAAAGGUACUGUCCUUUUGUGAAUUUGAGGCAAGGGAGACAUUCCUGUGUCCAGCUGUUCUGGCACUUUAAACUGGAGUUUUGGUCCCUGCAUCCAAGGUGCAGUGUCGGCUCCCAACCACAGGAUCAGCCUUCGUCCCCUGAUCCGAAUCCUUCCAUCUUAAAAUCAAGGAAUAGCUGGGCAUGCAGUUAACCACCUUGAUAAUCUAGGCUCCCCACUUAAAACAAUGAUUUGUAACAAGAAUCUGAAGACACUGCUGGUGCAAUUGGGUCCAAGAACAAUUCACUUGCUGGUCCCAUUUGCUUCUGUACCUGGCAGUGGGAACAAGGGGCCUUGUUCUCCAUCUCCAGUAACAUGUCUUGGGACGGCUCUGUAGAGAACACCACCGUAUCUGUACUAGUCCAAAGCCACAGUGUUAUGGAACAAAAGCAUGUCUUCCUCAGUAACCUUAUUUUUGUGUGUGUAACUAAGUUCUGCCUUGUGAGGUUCGACAGCUGGUUAGAGUGCCCUACACAUUACAUUGUUCUUCUGUCCACACAGCUGUUGGGGUUUUUAUUAUUAUUAUUGUUUUGGGGGGAGAGACAAGCAGUGAGGCUGGGCCCAAAGAAAAGGCCCCUCUCUAAAUGUAACCCUAAGGCCAUCAGGCAGGCAAGCAGGCAAUAUGUUUGAGUAAGAGGUGGUUUCAACUUCUUUAUUAUUAUUUUUUCCCUCAUGAAUGUAACCAUAUAAAAACCAUAAGUUAUGAAACAGUCACACGAUGUCAGCUUUUGAAGGGGCAAGGGAUUUAAAAAAAGAAAAACCCCACACAACUCCCUCCCACAGAUCCGAACAAGGAAUUGUUAGGAGGGGGAAAGUACAAAACCGUCAGUGGGGGGGGGGGGCUUAACACUCACAAAAUGGAGAUGCCUUUUCCACCCACACCCCUCCACGUGCCCUCUUGAUAAAAACCUGUUGGGAACCCCCACCCCUCCCCCACCCCCAUUUGGGCACUGGAUAGAAGUGUGUACCCUUCAAAAAACUGAGCAGCGUUUACACUGGAGCAGAGGAUAUUGUCAGGAGCAGUUACUCCAGAAAACAGGGCAGGAGGAGGGAGGAGGAUCCUGGGCAACACAGUUUGGCAGGUGAUACCAACAAUGAUUUAACUAACUAAAAAAAAUAUUAUUUU